AUGACAGGUAUUACCACAUCGCAUGGCAGGUAUUGGCACAUGAAAGUUAUUACCAAAGUUAUAUUUGACCCCGAUAUUUGCACCAGUAAUGGUUCCAAUUUUACAGAACUCCAGUUAUCAUUACUCACAAUGGACUUGAUUGAUGAUUGCCCGGUGAUUAGAACAGUCAUAUCCGUGAGCGUUACCGUAGUCUUCAGCAAGAAUUUCACCGGAAUUUACAUGCCACCAUGGAGAGCUAACGCCAUGGCAAGGCAGCAAUAG